AAAAUUAAAGACUUUUCAGAAGAAAGAGUGAUACUGAUGUGGACACAUUACUCACCAUAGGAUUACUGACCUCAUCUAUGUUACCUUAUUUACACUAUUGAGCAGUCAUAAACUCAUAAUAAGCACUUAUUCUGUCAAAACCCACCUAUCCAUCCCUUGACUUCUGUAUAAGUAAAUAAAUAUACCUAUUGAGCUAUUACUACCUCCCCCAGCCAAUUCCCGAUUUUCAAUUCUCUCUUUUCUUCACACAAGGGAAUAAGAAUCUCGCUUUCUCAUCAUCCCUCAAUUAAUUCUGCUGCUGCUUCUUCUACAUCCUCCCUUCCCUCUCCACAAUCGAUCACCGCCAUGGCUCAGCAGAAAGUGGUGCUGAAGGUGUUGACCAUGACCGACGAGAAGACGAAGCAGAAGGCAAUCGAGGCCGCCGCAGAUAUAUUUGGGGUUGAUUCGAUAGCGGCGGAUCUGAAGGAGCAGAAGCUGACGGUGAUCGGGGUGAUGGACACGGUGGCGGUGGUGAAGAAGCUGAAGAAAGUGGGGAAAGUGGACAUCGUCUCCGUCGGUCCCGCCAAGGAAGAGAAGAAGGAAGAAAAGAAGGAUGGUGGUGAUGGUGAGCCCAAGAAGGACGACAAAAAAGAUGACAAGAAAUAAUUAUUUUAAUUAUCAUCUUAGGAAAUCCCCGAUUUUCCGGUGAUUACUAUUACUCUGUAUUAAUUGAUAAAAUUUUCCUUCCUUCUCCUUUUCCUCCCGCCACCAAAUAGAAGAAAUUGUGUAAUAAUAAGUUGUCUGCGUUUCCGGCCAGGAAAAAUUCUGGCCCGGUCGCCUAUUCUGUGGAGAGAAAUUAAAGUGCGGCGGUACCAUUGACUUAACUUUCCUGCCUGCAUUAUUUUUGUUUCCCUUUUCUGUUUGGUGAGCGGAUUGCGAAAGUUUCAUUGUACCUCACGAUUAUAACUCUUGGUAUUAGUUAAGGUGUUUUCGACAAUGUUAUCGAGGAAUUUUACAAUACUAUAUAGUAUUGGUGCUAUAGGUUUUUACUUUUAUGGUACAACUUGAAAUUGUACAUUCAAUGUUAUGGUACAGUUUUAGAUUAUACCUACACUGUUUUGUACAUAUUCUUUAGGGUUAAUACCUUGUUAUGGCCUGAACUAUGACCAAGUAAUCAACUU